GUUAAGUUAAAAAUAGACAAAAAAGCCAUAUUUGUUACUGCAGAAUACAAGACAUGGGAAUAAAACCAUUGUCUUGCUUUUUAUUUAUCAAUUCUUUCUUUGUAUGUAAAGUCUCCUCUGAUAGCCAUAUACAAUGGUAACACAUUUGUUGUGAUCAAAACCUAGUGUCCCUGAAAACAAAAAAUAAAAAAUGUUUCUAAUGCAAUUACAAGUCCGCACUAUGCGAGUAAACAGAACCCUUGUAACACUUUUUUCUUUUCAUUUUUGAUUUUAUUCAUGUUCAAGCUUACAAAAAAUCCUUAUUCUAUACUUACUCGAUCAUUAACGACAAAAUCAAACGAACAAUGGAUACCUAAGAAGCGGGUUUCAAGGCCCACUAUGGAAAAGAUGCGUACUUUGGCAGCUCUUCAACCAGAAGUUUAUAAUUCAGUCAAACUUUCCCAAGAAUUUAAAGUAUCUGUUGAGGCAGUCAAGCGUAUUUUGAAAUCAAAAUAUGUGCCCAAACCAAGAGAUGCUGAACGUCAAGAAAGAAAUCGAUAUGAAGCAAUGGGAGAACGCAGAAAGCAGUUCAAAACACAAGGUGACUCUAAAAAACAGUAAGAACUUAACCAAUCAAAAAGUAUACUUAAUAAAAAACGCGUGUAUUUUUAUUAUUAUUAUUAUUAUUAUUAUUAAAUGAGCCAUGAAUUGGUGUAAACAAUCAUAGGAAUAAAGAAAU